ACUAUUAGUAGAAAAGUAAAAUGCUAAAUAAUAUUAUCUUUGCAUUUCUUACAUGGCAGAUAUCUUCUGGGACUCAACACAUACGGACAUUAUGUAAUGGACGAUAUAAAACUUUGGGAUGUGAGCCGAAUUUUAUCUACAUAACGGAUGUUUUCUAUGGACGAGACAACCAUUUAAUAUGCCAUCCAGGAAGUCAUUCUUAUUGUUCAUCUAACAAAACCGAAAAUAUUAUACGACAAAAAUGUGAUGGAAAAUCUGUAUGUUACGUCUCUGUUUACCCUACAGUUCUACAAGGCAGUAAUUGUAUAUACGCUAAUCCUUACCUUCGAAUAAGUUAUAAAUGUAGAAAUUCUGAUGAUUCUUUAACUACGGCAUUUGCUUCAGAUGGUAACACGAGUAAAGCAGAUGCCACCUCAGCUAAUAUUGCAGUCACAGGUCAAAUAAUCACAACAAGAGAUGGAAUGGUAGAUGGAAAGACUAUGCAAAGUAUAAAAGGUGAAACAUCUGAAACAAACAGUAUAUCCAUAUAUUUCAAAAUAUCCAUGGUGACUUGUGGAGCAGUUUUCAUAAUUCUGAUUGCAGUUGCCAUCUUCCUGUUUGCACAAUGUCGUAAAAGGAAACAAGCAGAAAAGAGGGAAUCGAAGAUGGCAGCAAAAGAUUUAUGGAUGUGAAACAACUGGACACUUUCUUUAAAAAAAUCUUAUAUUCAAUUCACUUUAGAAAACAUAAGUAUGAGAGUUCAAUUUACUCAUACAACUACAAAAGUAUUGUUUUGAUUCGGUUUGCAUAUACAUAUACAAAAAUAGGCCAUUGAGAGCUUUUUACCGCACAAGAAUGAAAUGUAUACAUAUUAUUUAUAUAACAAAUGCUUGAAUACAUAUUGUACCACAACUUGGCACAAGUUGUGUCUUAUCUGAUAUAUGUGCAAUGUAUAAGGAAAGACGACACCUGCUUAAAUGUUGAUAUCUCUUUUUAUCACAUCAAAGUAUAAUUGUUCAUAUUAAAUAAUCCCUAUAGACAUUCAAGCUCGAAGAAGAUUUUUUACGUCGUUUUGUCACUGAUGACAAACUAUUUUUUUACACUGGAGUUGAUAGUCUCAUGGGACUUGUUUAUAAUAAAAUACAUAUUAUAUUACUAUAUUACUAAAUAAUUUUCCAGAUUUUGCAACUGGUUAGUCUUACAUGAAAGUCACGUUUUACAUGUUCCCAAUAGAGCACAAAU